AUGGAUUCAAAAGAUAUCAAUUUCUCACCAAAAAACGCUUCGUCACUAAAGAGUGUAGCAAGAAUAACGAGACCGACUAACAAAUACAAAAGUGAUGAAUCGAAGAGGAUCUCUGCAGAUGCAGAUAAGAAGCGUAAAAGACGGAAAAGGAAACACCGUAAUCUGAACUAUAAUUAUAAAAGCUCCGGGAACAGAAAACAUAAAACAUGGAAAAAACUUAAAGAUGUGAAGAAGGCAGAAGUGAAACAAGAAGGAAUUCUAGAUGUAGACAAAAGCAGGAACAAGGUUCCACCGGAUCAAAUGACAACAAACGGGAAGUCAAAGUUACCUACAACAAAUAAUCAUUCAGAAGAAUCUCCUCACGAACCUGAAACAAAGCACAGCAAAUCGAAAAAUAUAAGUGGUAAUUUGAUCAGGAAGAAAAAAAAUAAAACGGAUGCUAGUUCGACAAGAAAUGAUCCAAAACAGAAACACAACAAAAGGCAUCAUGGAAAAGGCAUUAAGGAGAAAUCAAUCGAUUCAGAAAUAGCGGAAGGGAUUGAUGAAAAACCAGAUCCAGCAAUCGAUAAGACAAGGAAAACGGAAGUAGCAAAUAGACUUAAGCAAGGCAUAAAAAAACUUGUUGAGUUGAAUUCUAAAAGUAGUUCAGUGAAAGAUUCAAAAAGAGUCAACAAAUUAAAAAAAGGUAGAACAAAGAAGAAAAAGUCAGAAAAGGAACUAGCAAAAACUGAAAAAACUUCGGGCGCAAAUAAAGCAAAAAGAACGACUGUGAAACAGAAGAGUUUAAACGGUUCCGGUACAGAUUCGGAAAGUAUCACUGGAUCAGAAAAGAAGGAAAAGAAAAAGGCGAAAAAAUUAUGUGGGAAAAAAGGUAGGGAUUUUAAAUCUUCUGUUAAAUGUCGAAAGUCGUCGCAGAAGAUCAGAAUGAGGGAUAUGGUUCUGAAGGAAAAAGACAGAAGUAUAUCUGGAAAACAAUCAGAAAGUAUCAGCGAAUCAGCAAAAAAAAAAAAGAGAAAAAAGAUUAAAAGUAAAGAAAGAAAAACAAAGAAGCUUUCUGGAGAUCUUUAUGAAUCUGAAAGAAUUAGAAAUAAGAAGAAAGCUAAAAAAGACAAAAAUACUUCGAAAAGUAUGCGUGAGCAGUGUAAAAUAAAGAAGCGUAAAGCAAAAAAAGUGAAAAGUCAUCAUAUUCAUAAAGGAAAGGAUGAAAAUGAAAUUAAUAAUAAGAAAAUUAAAUUGGAGGAAGAGAAGGAAAAAAUGAGAGAAAGAGGCAUAAGAAAAUCUAAAAGUAAUGAGAAACUUAAUUUUCAUAAAAAAAUGAGACGAGUGGAUGAAAUCUUGAAAUCAGGAAGUGAAAAGGAGAACAAAGAAAAGGAAACUCAGGAAAAAAUAAGCUCCAGGAGAAAUAGGGGAAAGAGAAAGCGUGAAAGGGAGAUUCAAGAAGAUCAGAGAAGAGAGGACAAAUCAUCGGAAGUUACAAAGAGAUCCAUUUCUAUCUCUGCAGCAUUAUCAGAAAAAGAACAAUCUGACGUUGAUAUCCAACAAACCGAUCAAAAAGACAGUCCCACUGGUGAGGAAAAAGAACAAAUAGCAGCAAUCGAGAAACAAUCACAAGAGAAAAUGAAAAAGCAUAAAGUAAAUGAUAUGACAACGCCGAAACGAAUUUCACAUGGAAUGAAGAAAAUCGAAGAGUCAAAUAAUGAUGCUGCUCGGAGACCAGAAUCGUCAGAGGAACCAGCAAUAACGAUGAUGUCGAAUAAAAUCAAGGAGAAAAAAGUGAUGGAUGAGAGUAGCCCAUCAAAUGUGGUCCUGUCCUCAACAAGUGCUUCAAUAAGUUGUAGUGAUCAAGAUGCAAAUUCCAGCCCUGAAACAGAAGAUAAUGAAGCAAAUAAGUCACAGGACCGAUCAUAUGUUGAUGGACUUGUACAGAUUCGAACUAUUCUCGAGAUUUAUGGGAUAGAUGAACAGAAAACAGAAGCGUUUAAUAAGUUGUUGGACGAAGAUAUAUCAAUGACAGAAAAAGAAAUUGCUGCAAAUUUGAGGAAAGCAGUUUGUGAUUUACCAAUGGAUAAAGAACUCCUCGAAAAAGUACUCAAGAAAAUGCAAUUCAGUGGCCUGCUUAGGAAGCAAGAACAUGAAAUGCUAGAAAAGAAUUUGGUACCACAAGCAGUAAAUGAAAGUGUCACAAUUGCACUACUUGCGCAAGUGUUGCAGCGACAAAAACUCAAGAAAUCAAUUUCCUGA